AUGAGCUCCAAUCCUGCCGCCUCGGCAGCUUUGGCUGCAUCUGUUGCAUUUAAAGGUACCUACCAAAUUCCAAACCAGAAACGAAAAACAAAACCACCACUAUAUUUAGCUAUCAAUACAGAUGUUGAUGGAUCGAAAACAUCAUUGGUAGCAGCUCAGACAUCUCAACUGCGAUCUCAGAAGAUGGCAGCUCCUACAGCCAAUAAACCAGCACACUCUCCUAUUGGUCAGUUAGGGCUGGUGAGAGCAAAGCACAAACAGACAACUGGAACGUCUGACGACGACGUUUCGUCAAGCGUCCUGCUGGGAACAGACUACUUCAGCACAUCUCGGGUUGGUGGCUCGAGUGGAAACUCGGAAGGAGGCGUGGCUUCACCUCAUAGGCUGAGGACCAACGUUAACUUAAAGCCGCAUGAAAUGCUCGAACAAGUAAGAAAGUCCAUCAACUCCAAGUCCAAAGUCGGCUUUGGAAAAGAUCUGCAUCGGAAGUCUCAGUUAGCUAUAGAUCAGGUGCGUCAGAAUGUGGAUCAACACAGAAUACGUACAAUUCGAGACGAGCCAGCUGUGGCCACCGAUACGCCAAUCGAUACCGCAGCAGUAGCACCAGUCGUACCACCUGCUAGCAAGAGCACUGCAGAAAUUGCAGCAGCAGACUCAGAUCGUGUCAGCGUUAGCAGUGGCCAACGACUCUUGUAUAAUCAAGCAUUAAUGGGCAAUCACUCACACUCGUCAAUUGGCACAGGAACCUCCAACGACCUCGAGGGUCCUGAUACACCUAUAAUAAAACUUUCAAGAACAGUCAGUAUUGGACUGAAAGUUCUGAGCAGCAGCGUUUCUCCGUCUCCAGUCAUUGCACCAACCACAGGGCCAUAUGGACACAUUGCACCUUCUCCUCUCGCCCCUUCGCCCAUAGCAAUCCCACCAUCGCCAAAUGCGUUGGCACGCGGAUUAGCUAUAUCUGACGCUCAGAUACUGGUGCUGAUGCUACUGCCGUCUGUGACAGGAUCUGUGGCCGAAUUGCCUGAGGAGCCUAGGAAAGCACACCGAAAACCUCCACCCGCCGAUUUCCCAUCGGAAGAUGAUGUUUCACUUUCGGGCCAUUCGCUGAGCAUGCCAGCCAGUGAUAUCGACGAGGAGCACAAACUCCCAAUUUUUCCUGAUAUUGAAGGAAAGCACAAGAAGCACAAGUUUUUCCAUAGAAAGCACAAGAAGGACACAGUGUUCGAAAGCAACGCUCUGGAGGAAGAUGAAGUUGCAGACAAGGACGAGGAAUUUAUUCCUAGCCGCAGCGCCACGCCGGUAGUGAACACUCAGCAGGUGAAGUUUAAAACCACUAUGAGAAAGGUGAACAAAAGACGAGAAAGGAAAACCGCUUUCAACGAAGACAAACCCUGGAAGAACCAUGGUGAGCUCGACUAUGUUUCUGAGACACAGAGGAAGCGGUACGAGGGACUUUGGGUCAGCAAUCGAGGACUCUAUAUGAACAAAGUGGUGACACCACUAGUAGGCGUGAAAUAUGAGAAAGACGAGGCACUCCAAGAAGAGGAGCCCAAGGAUAAGAAAUUGAGCGAGAAAGAGAUCUCACAGAAAGCAGCCAAACUCUCUUCUACGGCGAAUACCGAGUUCCAGGAGCACGAUAUACAACAACUACACGGUUUAUGCGAAGCAGAACCCCUGGAAUUGAUGCAUGGAGUUGUGGUCAAGAGGUUAUGGAGCAGGAGUAAAUUAUCAUCAGAAGAGCUCGCUUCGAUAUGGGACUUGGUGGAUUUCCGAAAGGACGGAACUUUGAAUAAAGCAGAGUUUAUUGUGGGGAUGUGGCUUGUGGAUCAAUGUCUCUAUGGACGGAAGCUUCCCAAGGAAAUUCCUGAGCUGGUGUGGACAAGCCUUGGUAGUAUUGGUGUUCGAGUUGUGAUUAAGAAGAAGCGGAGGUGA